GCCACUCUAGGCUCAAGGACGCAUCCAUGGAGGACGACGGCAGCAAGGACGCCGGCGGCACCAAGUACCGCGGCGUGCGGAAGCGCCCCUGGGGCAAGUUCGCAGCCGAGAUCCGCGACCCGGAGCGCGGCGGGGCCCGGGUGUGGCUCGGCACGUUCGACACGGCCGAGGAGGCCGCGCGGGCGUACGACCGGGCGGCGCUCGCCCAGCGCGGCGCCGCCGCCGUGCUCAACUUCCCCGGCGAGGUCGUCGCGGGCGGGCCGACGGGCAGGCGGGGCGGCGGGUCGUCGUCGUCGUCGUCUACCACCCCCGCCGGCGCCUCGUCGAGGGGGAGGGCCCGCGGGGACGCGGAGAAGAUCGAGCUCGAGUGCCUGGACGACAAGAUCCUCGACGACCUCCUCGACGACGGCAAGUACGGCCAUAAGUGAGGAGCGUGCGCGUGCAUGUGCUUGCAUGCGUGCAUGCCGGAGCUCGAUCGAUCAUGAUGAGGAAACGACGACCUAAAAUGAAUUGAAUUAAAUAAACAAACGCGUAAUAAUACAGGGAUCGGACGACCCAUCCUUAUAUUGAAGCAAACAUCACAAGUUGGUCACUAUAAAAUAAAGUAAACACCAUACCGCAUGAAACAAAUUGCUUAGGAGAAGUAAAUGCUUAGCUUAUUAUUACGAUGAUGAUUGUAGUGUGCAAAAUAAAUGCUUUUGUUUGGUGCCGAGAAGAAACAGAGGCCGCGAUGGACGUCAUGGGUGCCAGACGUGUCGAAUGAAUGAACUCGAAAUGGAGUAUCGGGUUG